AUGUCUCUCUUUCCACCAGCCAAGAAACCCGCGUCCCUCUUGGGAUACCACCGCAUUCUCUCUCCCACCGCUGGAGUGCGCGUCUCCCCGCUAUGCCUUGGAGCCAUGAACUUUGGGGAGGCAUGGAAGGAGUAUCUGGGUGAAUGCAACAAGGAAACGGCCUUCGCGAUGAUGGAUUAUUUCUACGAGCAGGGAGGAAACUUCAUCGAUACGGGUGAGUAUUGCGAUUUGGAGACAAAGCGAAGGUGUGAGGUCUGACAGCUGUCUCUUAUAGCGAACAACUACCAGGCCGAAGAGUCUGAGACUUGGAUUGGGGAGUGGAUGAAGGAGAAGGGAAACCGAGAUGAGAUGGUCAUUGCUACCAAGUUCACGACUGGCUUCAGGACCCAAGGAGCGCAUGAGCAUCUGAAGUCCAACUUUCAAGUAAGUCACGAACGCUCUCUCUAUUGUCCUUACUCGACAUGAAAUUGACUCUUACCUGCCAUAGGGCAACCAUUCCAAAUCCAUCAAAAUCUCCGUCGAGCACUCCCUCCGCAAACUCCAGACAACCUACAUCGACCUGCUCUGGCUCCACUGGUGGGACUUCACAACCUCCGUCCCCGAACUCAUGAACUCCCUGCACUCUCUCGUCCAGGCGGGCAAAGUCCUCUACCUCGGAAUCUCAGACACGCCAGCUUGGAUUGUGGUCAAAUGCAACGACUACGCCCGUCAGCAUGGCUUGACGCAAUUCAGCGUCUACCAAGGCCACUGGAGCGCCGCAUUCCGCGAUUUCGAACGCGAGAUCAUCCCCAUGUGUGAAGCUGAGGGAAUGGGAAUCGCACCUUGGGGAAGCUUGGGAAGAGGUCAAUUCAAGAGCCAGAAGGAAUACGAUGACCCGAAUCGUGAUGGAAGGAAGAUGGGUCCACAAUCAGAGAAGUACAUCCGCAUCGCCACGAAGCUGGAAGAAAUUGCGAAGAAGAAGGGAACGCUCAUCACGAGCAUCGCACUGGCUUACGUGAUGCACAAGACUCCCUAUGUCUUCCCCAUCGUAGGAGGCCGGAAAGUCGAACAUUUGAAGGGCAACAUCGAAGCCCUGGGGGUCGAGUUGACGCAAGAGGAAGUGGAUGAGAUUGAAGAUGCCGAACCAUUCGACGUUGGUUUCCCGAACUCAUUCCUCUUCGGCAUGGGUGGAAAGCCGUACCGGAGCCGGAUGGGGACGAAUGACAUUGCCAUUCUCACGUCGAAUUAUCCGUUGGAGACCGUGCCGAAGGUGAGGCCGAUUGAGCCAGGACAGGGGGAGAAGAAGCUGGGUCCGAAUUUGACUCAGUAG